GCACAUUUUGAAAUGACGAUUCCGUGACGACCGAUGACCCUAUAAAUACUGGAAUAAGUUACAAGUACCAUUAUCUCGGAGGAACAUUACACACAAAAUGUCGCGUUUAUAUAAGCUCUUUGUUGUGAGUUUACUUGCCGGCUUGGUUGGAGCCAUAAAGCCAUGCUGUGUUAGCAAGAAAUGGACAGGCAAGCUGAGAAUUACGACAGCGUCAGUUGCGAGCGGAAGUACUAUACCCGUUAUUUCAGAGAACGUUCUCAUGUUCGAUUACGAUCAUGACAUGAAGAUGGAGAAAGCCGUUGGAAGAAUUGUUACUUAUAACGGUUCCAUGGAAACAACACAAGAAUAUACAGUUUAUAACGACUACAGACAUAUGAGAAAGUAUGCUAUGACACCCGAUUCUAACGCAUGUCAUAUUCAGCCGCUGUUGGGAGAACAAACAGAGCCGUGCGUACCAAGCACAUUGAAGUGGGCUGGCAAUUACACUCUCGGGUCAACAAGUGAAGGGGUACAUGUAAAUGCAUGGUCCGGGGAUUAUGAAAAUUCCCACUAUGAGAUGCUAACUACUGUUAAUGACUGCACACCGGUAGAGAUGACUGUGUUUGGCACAAUGCCUGAUGGAACACGAGUCUCGACACAAACCGUCUUCGUGGACGUUACUCAAUAUAUGACCAGUCCUGGUGCCUUGAAUAUCCCAGACAUGUGCAAAACCGGAGGAGCUCCAAUUGGGAAAUAAAGAAAAAUACUGAUGAGGGAUUUAUCACGCCCUGCGCGAUUACGUCCUGUCUUGAUAUUAUUCUAAUAUGACAUUUUAUUUGCUUAUGUAAUAAAAGAUCAGAAAUGUUCAAA